AUGCCUGAAAAGUUACUCCAACCUCUGGCUCCUGAAGGCCACGAGGUGGACGACCACAGAUCCGCUGCUCAGUCCAAACUGAAUGACGACUUCAGGAAGCUGCUGAUGACGCCGAGGGCAACGCCGUCCUCGGCCCCCCCCUCCAAGUCCAACACCAUGAGUGAAAUGCCCAAGGACUACAACGAGGAUGAGGAUCCUGCAGCGAGGCGAAGAAAGAAGAAGAGCUACUAUGCUAAGCUACGUCAGCAGGAGAUGGAGCGAGAGCGAGAGCUGGCGGAGAAGUACCGAGACCGAGCGAGAGAGAGACGAGACGGAGUCAACAAGGACUACGAAGAGACGGAGCUGAUCAGCACCACCGCUAACUACAGAGCCGUAGGACCCACUGCUGAGGCAGAUAAGUCGGCAGCAGAGAAGCGUCGUCAGCUGAUCCAGGAGUCUAAGUUUUUGGGAGGUGACAUGGAGCACACUCACUUGGUGAAAGGUCUGGACUUCGCUCUGCUGCAGAAGGUGAGAGCUGAAAUCACCAGUAAAGAGAGAGAAGAAGAAGACAUGAUGGAGAAAGUCCAGAAAGAGGCUAAGAAAGACGUGGAGCCGGAGGAGAAGAUCGAGUUCAAGACUCGUCUCGGCAGGAACAUCUACCGCGUGGUGUUCAGGACCGGCGGGGUGGAGAGGAACGAGCUCUUCCUGCCCGGCAGGAUGGCGUACGUCGUCGACCUGGACGACGAGUUCACCGACACCGACAUCCCCACGACGCUGAUCCGCAGCAAGGCCGACUGCCCCAGCAUGGAGGCUCAGACAACUCUGACCACCAACGACAUCGUGAUCUCGAAGCUGACCCAGAUCCUGUCGUAUCUCAGACAAGGAACACGGCACAAGAAGAUCAAGAAGAAGGACAAAGGUAAACUGGACGAUAAGAGAGCUCCUGAGGCUGAUCUCAGUAUCUUUGAGGACAUCGGGGACUACAUCCCGUCCGCCGGCUCGUCCUCCAAGCCCCCCAAAGACAAAGACAGACACCGAGAGAGAGACAGGGAGAGGGAGAAGAGAGACAGGGAGAGA